AAAACGCAUGACCUCCUUCAAAAAGGGUCUUACACAAAAACGCGCUCCCCGUUUUGGAGAUUUAGGGUUUGCUUUUCUGUGCGGAAAUGGCUGAUUCUCCUGGAAAAAGGUAUUCGCGCUCUCCUUCUCCUUGGGAGGAAAAGGCAAGAUCUAGAUCUAGGUCAAGGUCUAGAUCAUGGUCAAGGCCAAGAGGAAGAUCCAGGUCCAGAUCAAGGUCGAGAAGUCAUGGGAGGGAUGAACCAUCUAAUCCUGGUGUCACACUUUAUGUGACUGGUUUAUCUACAAGGGUGACACAAAGGGACCUUGAGGAGCAUUUCUCAAAGGAGGCAAAGGUGAAAUCAGUUUUCCUGGUUGUGGAGCCGCGUUCCCGCAUCUCUCGUGGUUUUGCUUUUAUAACGAUGGAUAGUCUUGAGGGUGCUGAGCGUUGCAUUAAGCACCUAAAUCAGUCUGUUCUUGAAGGCCGCUACAUAACAGUGGAGAAGUCUCGGAGGAAACGCCCGAGGACUCCAACGCCUGGUCACUAUCUAGGGCUUAAGAACGCAAGGGGUGAUGGUUUUCGUGGUGACCGAGGUGACCGUGGUAGGUAUCGCGGCCGUGAUGACUACGGGCACCGAAAAUCUCCAAGGCGUUCACCUUAUCGAGGUGGACGAGAUUAUUCUCCUAGGCGCUCACCUUAUGGGNAAUGA